CCCCCCCCAAUAUUUUCCCGUAUCUUUGGUUCUCACUAUUCCUCUCUACUCAUUUUUCUCUCAUUCUUCUCUAAUUCUUCUCUAAUUCUCUUCAUUCAUCACUUUUACAUUCACAUUUAAAACUUACUAUGUGUGGUAUUUUCGGAGUCUAUAACCUGCCGGGCGAUGCUAAUGCAUUCCGCAACGUGCACUUUAUCUCUCAAAAAAGCAAGCAUAUCCUGUGCCAUGAGCGUUUGGCUAUUGUUGGCGUUGAAUCUGGUGCCCAACCCUUGACAAAUGAUGACGAGUCGCUAAUUCUCUCUGUUAACGGAGAGAUCUACAACCAUAAGGCUCUCCGCAAACUAUGCCCCCCGACACCCACUUCAAGACACAGUCAGAUUUACAAGCAAAUGGAUACUGAUGUCGUAAAACACCUUGACGGAAUGUUCUCCUGGAUUCUUCUCGACACAAAGAAGAACAGGAUUUUGGCUGCUCGUGAUCCUAUUGGAAUUACCACUUUAUAUCAGGGAUGGAGCAGCAAACAGCCUGGCACCAUCUAUUUUGCUUCUGAGCUCAAGGCAUUGAAUGAGGAGUGCGACCGCAUUAUCGCUUUCCCGCCUGGCCAUAUUUUUGAUUCUGAAACUGGCAAGACCACUCGAUACUUUGAGCCUACAUGGUGGGAUGGCGAAAAUAUCCCAUCUGCUCCUGUCGAUUAUAAGCUCCUCCGUGAGACUUUAGAGAAAGCUGUUCGCAAGAGACUAAUGUCCGAGGUCCCUUAUGGUGUGUUGCUCAGUGGAGGACUUGAUUCAAGCUUGAUUGCUUCUAUCGCUGCAAGGGAAACUCAGAAGAUUAUCCAUGGACAGGUCCCAUUGAACCGUGACGGUGAUGAUGUUGAUGAAAGUGCCGUUGCUUCGUGGCCAAGACUUCACUCAUUCUCGAUUGGUUUAGAGGGCUCUCCCGAUUUAGCUGCUGCCCGUAUCGCCGCUGACUUUUUGAAAACUGUUCACCACGAGUACACUUUUACUGUUCAGGAUGGUCUGGAUGCCAUUGCCGAUGUUGUCUACCACUUGGAGACAUACGACGUUACCACCAUCCGUGCUUCGACUCCUAUGUAUAUGUUGAGCAGAAAGAUCAAAGCUAUGGGUGUCAAAAUGGUCCUUUCAGGAGAGGGCGCUGAUGAGAUUUUUGGAGGAUACCUUUAUUUCCAUGCUGCCCCAUCCGCUGCUGAUCUUCACAAAGAGACCGUAAGCCGUGUGAAGAACCUGCAUUAUGCAGAUUGCUUGCGUGCCAACAAGUCAACAAUGGCAUGGGGUGUUGAAGCUCGUGUUCCUUUCUUGGACAAGGCGUUUCUCGAGGUUGCCAUGAACAUCGAUCCUCAAGAAAAAGUAUCUGUCAAGGGUAGGAUGGAGAAGUAUAUCCUUCGUAAGGCUUUUGACACCAAAGAUGAUCCCACUGCUCAACCUUACCUUCCUGACUCGAUUCUUUGGCGUCAGAAGGAGCAAUUCUCUGACGGAGUUGGCUAUAGUUGGAUCGACACACUAAAGGAGCUCUCUUUGACUAAGGUAUCAGACGAGGCGUUUGCUAAAGCAUCAGAGCGUUGGCCGAAGGAUACACCUCAGACUAAAGAGGCUUACUGGUAUCGCGAUAUCUUUGAGCAGUGGUUCCCUCAAGAGGCCUGCACAGAAUCUGUAGUUCGCUGGAUUCCCCGUGAAGACUGGGGAUGCCCUGCCGAUCCUUCUGGGCGCGCUCAGAGAGUUCAUGAUGCCGCAUAUGACAAGAGCGCAUAAAGCUCCAUUGAUCUUAAUAACCUUUCUUGCAUACUACACCAAACAUAAAAAAAGGCCACAUUAAAACAUAAUAAUUAUUUCUAACCGUUGUUCCAACUUAUCUAUCUCUACAAUUUUUUCUUUCUUUCCUUUUUCUUAUGAUCAUCUCUUGGGAGCAAUUGAUGAAAGAUGGAAGGAUGAAAAGACAGAAAUAUAAAGAAGGAGUUGUCUCUAUAUCUCCCAUUCUUUUUUUUUAUUAAAUAAAAUAAGCGA